UAUCACGCGCCAGCAGGCGGCGACCGAAACACCGACUUUCUCCCGUAGUGUCCUGCUUUUUCAUCCCUCCUUUCCUCCAAACGCACACGAACGCGAGUACCACCGGCGGCUUUAACUAUUAUCACACCGUCACCGGAGGAGGAACAUCACAUGAAGCCAUAAUAAACGGAGAAACGGGACAAAACUGCAGGAUCCGAGAUCUGCCAGAGGAGGGUGAAUGGACUGAGAUCCCAAAACCAGAAAAUCUGCAAAGACGUGCACUCUGACGCCUUACACACACACACUGAGGACGCACAGGGAGCCAGAUAAAUGGCUGACAAACAGAUCAGUUUGCCUGGCAAGCUAAUAAACGGCGGUCUGGCGGGACUGAUCGGCGUUACCUGCGUGUUUCCCAUCGAUCUGGCCAAAACCCGUCUCCAGAACCAGCAGAAUGGAUCGCGCCUCUACACCAGCAUGUCCGACUGCCUCGUCAAGACCAUCCGGUCAGAAGGAUACUUUGGCAUGUACAGAGGUGCGGCGGUCAACUUAACUCUCGUCACGCCAGAGAAAGCCAUCAAGCUUGCAGCAAAUGAUUUCUUCAGAUUUCACCUCUCUAAGGACGGGCAGAAGCUCACUCUGGUGCGAGAGAUGCUGGCCGGCUGCGGCGCGGGGACCUGUCAGGUCAUCGUCACAACACCGAUGGAGAUGCUAAAGAUUCAGCUGCAAGAUGCAGGAAGAGUCGCGGCUCAGAGGAAGCUCAUGCCGCAGGCUGUGACCCCCGAGGGCCCCGUGGAGCUGAAGUCCCCCACAGCUGUGCAACUCACCAGACAGUUACUGAAGGAAAAGGGCAUCUCGGGUCUUUACAAGGGUCUGGGAGCCACGCUGCUGAGGGACGUCCCCUUCUCUAUCAUUUAUUUCCCUCUGUUUGCUAAUCUGAAUGAUCUGGGGAAGAGAGGAGCCGAGGGUCCCGCUCCCUUCUACGUCUCCUUCACGUCGGGCUGCAUCGCGGGCAGCACAGCCGCCGUCGCCGUCAACCCUGUGGACGUGAUAAAGACCAGGCUCCAGACGAUAACACGAGGGACUCAAGAGGACACUUACAGCGGGGUGACCGACUGCAUCAGGAAGAUAUUACGCCAUGAAGGUCCCGCUGCUUUCCUGAAGGGGGCGUACUGUCGGGCUCUCGUCAUCGCGCCGCUCUUUGGCAUCGCUCAGGUGGUCUACUUCUUCGGCGUAGGCGAAUACAUCCUGAGCUAUCUGCCCAAACGGAACAACUAA